UAAUGGAUAGCUUUUUGGAUUAUGUCGCCCAUUCCCCCCUUUGCCCCCUCAGACAUAUUACUAGUUGCAACAAAAGGUGCCUCUACGGACGUUUCAGUCUUUCCCAAGAAUAGCUCAGGAAAUCUCUCUCUUGUGGAGGGUGUUUCUGCGAAUUAUCCCUGUCUGAAUCAUCUCUCAAGUCUCAUCUGCAUGUGGUGAGGAAGUGGAUAGAAGCAGGUCUCCAUUCUCUCUCAAUAAAAAAAGGAAGCACAAGAACAAGAAGCAGGUCGCCGUUAGAGGGCAUUUCUGCUCAUCUUUGGUGGAGAAAGCAGCAAUGGGAGGCAUGCUCUUACCGCAUCAUCAAAUAUCUCCAAACCCUCUGCGGAAGACCGCCUUUGCAGCACCCUUUGCGCUUCACAAAGAUGGGUUGCUCUUCUCUAGUGCUCCGCGGCAAGGUUUUGCGCGCCCACCAUGCGCGACCGUCAGCGUCAUCAGAUCAGAGGCCAACGGGGCUGCGUUGCCAGACGCGGUCAGAAAGCAUAGCAAGGAGGAGCUCAUUGCUUUCUUCAGAGACAUUCAGACCUCCAUUGCCGAGAGCUCGCCUAAAGCUCCCAGGAGGACGAGGAAGCCGUCGCCUGACCCGUUCGAAGAGGUUGAUCAGAGGAAGCAAUCAUAUGGCAUGGAUGGAGAUGGUGGCGCCGAUGAUUUUUCAGAGGAACAAGGAAGGGGGAUGAUAAAUCUGGAGGACAUGAAGGUGUCUGACCUGAGGGAACUGGCGAGGGCGAGAAGGAUGAGGGGUUACUCCAAGUUAAAGAAGGGUGAGCUGAUUGAUCGUUUGAAAGGGGUUAUCAUGUAAUAAGCUUGUCCAUGAUCAAGAGCAAGCAGAUAUUAGGGACCUACUGGAACUGUGCGAGACUAGUUUUAUGUUCUCUUCAUCUUCAAUUGACCCUGACGAGAGUACACGAGUUCUUGUUGUCGAUUCAAAUGUAUGAUGAGAUUUUGGCAGAAAGAAAUGUAUGACAUGAUCCGCCGUCUUUUUUUAGAAAGAAGUUGUAUUAUUGAUCU